CGGCGCCUGCCUGAUCUGCCUGAUCUGCUGUAGUCGUGAUCACAUCGGAAUGGAAAGGCGAGGAAGUCUAGGCCAUCACAGAGUGUGAUUAAUAUGGUUCCAAUAUGAAGGGGCUGGAAUGACAGCAACGUACCUUUGUAUUGCUGUGCUUUCACGGGAGACGGUGCCUUGUUUUGGUCUCCCGAUGCCAUCGACGACCGACGACCGACGGGAGAUCACAGUUCGGCUGCCUUCUAUUCCAUGGCUGGCUGAGGACCUUGAAGCAAACCAUUUACUCGUCAAACCUCAUCAACCGGCCGAUGAAAGGUGCUUGGAAGGGGGAGAGCAUUCAUGGUGGCGACACGCAAACGGAUGGGAAAGAUGGACAGACAGAAUGCAGAUUUACCAACUGAAGACACAACAGAUACCUGCAUUUUCCGUUUCAGGGGCCUGGGAGCCCCUGAACGAAUGUCUCGUCUCUCGCUCAUUCAGCUAAUCAGAAUCCAUGCCAGGUAGCACAAGCGGCAUACGGGACUGCGCAGGAUACGGGGCAGUGGUGAGCCUGCUCGACAGGUCACCCCAGUAAGUGAUUUUCUCACAUUAUCUGUUGACAUUCAUCAUGGCGCUCGCCCACUCGGAAUUCCUGCGCGCCCUGGCCCUUGCAUACUGAUCUGGUCAAG